GCUGCCAAUUAGCAUUAAGUUAACAAAUUACUUUUAAAAAGUGGACAGCUACUCAUUCGUCUGUUAUUCUGUCAAUGUGUACCUUCUUUGUGUCAGUAAUUGCAGCAACGUACUAAAAAAAAUUGUAUGCGUAUGUCUGGAGCUACGUCAAGCUGUACAGAUAUGAGAAAAUAAUGACGAAGGAGUGAAGUGGCCUCCGCUCAAUGGAAACAACUGGUCAUGUAGCUAGCUAGCAUUACAUUAGCCAUAUUUCAAGAGCUCUUCAGAGGUUGUGGUCCCAGUAAUGUACCAUAAGGAUACAACGUUAUAAGGUUCCAAGGCGAGGUGGAGACCUGCUGUACUCUACGUGUAGUGAAGUGCUUGAGCAGAUCUGUCCAGUUGACCUAAUGGUAGUGAGGCCAGCUCACCUCAGACCUGUGCACCGCAUCAUGGCUACAUGCUGUUGAAGCUUCAGAUCAGCUGUGACGACGCUGGUUUUGGCUGUACUGCCACGCUGCGGCUGGACCAGCUGCAGUCACACCUAAAGGCCUGUGAGCACAACCCAACUGUGCCAACUGUGAGGAGGGACGUGGAUGGAUGCACGCCGGUGUGAUGGGUGUGUGUUGGUGAGCAGAGAGGGCGCAGAGCAGCUGAGGCGGUGCUUGACAAGAGGGAUCCGCUCACUCAGUCUGUGCUCCGCAUUAGUUCACAGCCUCCACUCCGUCAACCUGCACCCUCCGUGCAAAGUUAACGGCCACUUCUCGUCGCAUCUGAGAGCAGGAUUGUGACCGUGUCUGCUGAGCUGCACCGCGACGAUCUCGAGAAAAAGCGGCUUACAGGAAAGGCAGGCAGUUAGUGCAGAAGCAGGCACCAUGUCCACCCCCACAAACCCAGAGGUGAAGGAACUGAGCCCCGUCGACUUCAUCCAGCUACAGCAGUACAUUGAAUACUGCAGCCUGAAGGUGAAAGAUGUGCUGAGGGAAUUUGAUGCAGAUGGCAGUCUGGCACAGCACAGACAUGGAGAGUGCAUCAAUGAAGAAGGCUUCCGUCUGUUCCUGAAGACUUAUUUAGAAGUGGAGGACUUCCCUGUGGAUCUCUGCCAGCGACUCUUCCGCUCCUUCCAAAACUCUGAACCCACCCAGGAAGACAGUGCCAAGGAGGUCUUUCUCAAGGAUGUUUCAUGUUACUUCUCCCUGCUGGAGGAUGGCCAGCCCAGGGACAAGCUUGAGUUUGCUUUCAAGCUCUAUGACAGAGAUGGCAAUGGGGUCCUCGACAGCUCUGAAGUGGAUAGGAUUAUUGCUCAGAUGAUGCAUGCUGCAGACUACCUCGGAUGGGAUGUGUCAGAGCUGAGGCCGGUUUUGAAGGACAUGAUGACUGCGAUCGAUGCUGACAGCAGCGGCACUGUGUCUCUGGAGGAGUGGGUGGAGGGUGGCAUGAACAACGUUCCCUUGCUGGUCCUGCUGGGUCUGAAGGUGACCCAGAAGGACGGCCAGCAUCUUUGGAGGAUGAAACAUUUCAACAAGCCUGUUUACUGCAACGUGUGCCAGAGCAUGCUGCUGGGUCUGAGGAAGCAGGGACUGUGCUGCACCUGCUGCAAAUACACAGUCCAUGGACGCUGCGCUAACAGGAACCCGGCCCCCUGCACCAGGACGUAUGUGAAGUCAAAGAAAGAAACUGGGGUUCCAGCGCACGACUGGGUGAGUGGGAACUGUGACUCUCGGAAGUGUGAUAAAUGCCAGAAGAAGAUCAAGAGCUUCGGGGGCUUAACAGGCAAACACUGUGUGUGGUGCCACACGAUGCGUCACGAUGAAUGUGCAGACCAAGAGCCAACAGAGUGCACCUGUGGGCUGCUGCGAGACCAUAUCCUGCCUCCAUGGGCAAUAUAUCCUGUUAUAAAGGAGAGACCAAACAAUGUAAAGAACGGCUGCUCUGCCUCAGCGGAUGACAGCGAGCUUAAUACUACUCCUGAUGGACAAGUGCUCCAGAUAAGCCCUGUACCAAACACCCAUCCUCUUCUUGUGUUUGUCAACCCUAAAAGUGGUGGAAAGCAGGGAGAAAGAGUCCUGCAUAAAUUUCAGUAUUUACUGAAUCCACGGCAGGUAUACAACCUCUCAAGUGGCGGACCAGGACCAGGCUUGAGUUUCUUCAGAAGUCUGCAGGAUUACAGGAUCCUGAUGUGCGGGGGAGAUGGAACAGUUGGCUGGAUUCUCGACGCAAUAGACAAAGCCAAUCUUCUGGUACGGCCACCUGUCGCGGUGCUUCCCCUGGGAACAGGAAAUGACCUUGCGCGAUGUCUGCGAUGGGGAGGAGGAUAUGAUGGUGAGGAUCUGAGUCGUAUACUUAAAGACAUCGAGGGGAGCUCUCAGGUGCUGAUGGACCGCUGGAGUGUGCAGGUCAUCACCGAUGAGAAUGAAGAGAAGGGCGAUCCGGUGCCAUAUGAAAUAAUCAACAACUACUUCUCUAUUGGCGUAGAUGCCUCCAUUGCCCACCGAUUUCACACAAUGAGGGAGAAACAUCCCCAGAAAUUCAACAGCAGGAUGAAGAACAAGCUGUGGUAUUUCGAAUUUGCCACUUCAGAAACCAUCUCUGCUUCCUGCAAGAAACUGAGCGAAAGUCUUACAAUUGAGUGCUGUGGUACUCCACUGGAUCUCAGUGGCGUGUCUCUAGAGGGAGUUGCUGUGCUAAACAUUCCCAGCAUGCAUGGUGGUUCCAACCUGUGGGGCGAGACCAAGAAAGGGGACACUAAGGGACAGGCUGGUCAGGAAGAGCCUGAUGUGAUCAUCGACCCAGAAAUCCUGAAAGUGACCUCCCAAGAUCUCAGUGAUCGUCGAUUAGAGGUGGUGGGACUGGAAGGAGCCAUGGAGAUGGGACAGAUAUACACGGGCCUGAAGAGCGCUGUGAGGCUUGCGAAAACAUCGCAGAUCACCAUCAGGACAAAGAAAGCCUUACCGAUGCAGAUAGAUGGAGAGCCGUGGAUGCAGCCUCCCUGCACGAUUCACAUCACACACAAGAAUCAAGCCAGCAUGUUGAUGGCUCCGCAGGCCAAAUCGUCUGGUUUUUUCAAAUAAAACUGCAGCCCUUUAACUGUACAUAGAGGACUGACACUUUUCUGCAUGUCUGUAACACAUAACCGAAACAUAGAAUACAAACUGUACGGUGAGAUAUGUUUGCAUCGUGGCAACUAAUUUAGACCAAAUUUACUCUUGUGUUUUUAUCAAAUACUCGACACCCUGGCUGUCUCAGUGCUUCACAGUUAGUGGGUUUGUUGCUCUGUAGGAACUUAAAGUAAGGGUAAAUGAAUGUCAUGCUAAAAGAAGAAUAUACAGCUUCAUGUGCCUUUAAAAUCUGUUCUCUAUGGUUAUGACUUAGGUAGAGGAUAAACAGAGCAUUGUGUAGGCAUGCACUUUGGACAUAAACCAUGUAGUAUUGCUGUUUUUGUUGUGGCUGUAAAGACGCUGCGAAAGCCAGGCAUGUAUGUUUUUUGUCAGGUUGGAACCAAAAUAGAAGGAUUCAUGAAAUUACAUUUCAAAAAGUGGCUGAAGGUGUUAUACCUUUUUUUUUUAAAAAAA